UUCUCUGCGCAGGCGCAGUCGGCUCUGCCUCCACAGCUCCCAUCGCAGUGCGCCCGGAGUGGAGCGGGUCAAUCCGCCGCCGUCCUCCUCGUCUCCGGAGCUGGGAGGGGGACGGAGCCGCUCUCCCUUGCGACUCUGCGAGCGAGCGCCGCUGAGCGCGGUAGCUGGCCGCGGCGGGUCCGGCAGUUUGCCUGUUUGUCGUUGGGCCGAAGCCCUAAGAGCAUGCCGGGUCACACGCUGCAUGAACCUGCCACUUUGCUAGCUUAGACUGUCUUAGGAUGAAGCCUUUGCUAUGGCUAAUGACCCCUUGGAAGGCUUCCACGAAGUGAAUCUUGCUUCGCCUACUUCUCCGGACCUUCUUGGUGUGUGUGACCCAGGAACCCAAGAGCAGACGACCUCCCCGAGCGUCAUCUACCGGCCACACCCUUCGUCUCUGUGCUCUGCUCCUCUCCAGGCUAACGCCUUAGACCUUUCUGCUCUUCCCACACAGCCUGUGUACUCAUCCCCGAGGCGUUUAAACUGUGCGGAGAUUCCCAAUGCCAGCGUUCACGUUCCAGACCCCGCAUCGUCCGUGACCUCUGGUGUGACAGUGGGACUCACUAAGCUGACGUCCAGGAAGGACAGCUGCAAUGCUGAGAGGGAGUUUUUGCAGGGCGCCACCGUCACAGAGGCUCCUGUUGGCAGCGAUGACAUCUUUGGGUUGAGUACGGAUAGCCUGUCACGUUUACGAAGCCCAUCUGUUCUGGAAGUUAGAGAGAAGGGCUAUGAAAGGUUGAAAGAAGAACUUGCGAAAGCCCAGAGGGAAUUGAAGUUAAAAGAUGAAGAAUGUGAGAGACUUUCGAAAGUGCGAGAUCAACUUGGGCAGGAGUUGGAGGAACUCACAGCUAGUUUAUUUGAGGAAGCUCACAAGAUGGUGAGAGAAGCGAAUGUCAAGCAGGCCACGGCGGAGAAGCAGCUGAAGGAAGCUCAAGGGAAAAUCGAUGUGCUUCAAGCUGAAGUGGCCGCCUUGAAGACACUUGUGCUGUCCAGCUCACCCACGUCACCAACACAGGAGCCUCUGGCGGCUGGAAAGACGCCUUUUAAAAGGGGACACACGAGGAAUAAAAGUACGAGCAGUGCCAUGAGUGGCGGUCACCAGGACCUCAGUGUGAUCCAGCCACUAGUGAAAGACUGCAAAGAGGCCGAUCUCUCUCUGUAUAAUGAGUUCAGAUCUUGGAAGGAUGAGCCCACGAUGGACAGAACAUGUCCUUUCUUAGACAAGAUCUACCAGGAAGAUAUCUUCCCGUGCUUAACGUUCGCAAAAAGUGAGUUGGCUUCGGCUGUUCUGGAGGCCGUGGAGAACAACACUCUCAGCAUUGAACCAGUGGGGUUACAGCCCAUUCGAUUCGUGAAAGCCUCAGCUGUGGAAUGUGGAGGACCAAAAAAAUGUGCUCUCACUGGCCAGAGUAAGUCCUGUAAGCACAGAAUUAAACUGGGGGACUCGAGCAGCUAUUACUAUAUUUCUCCUUUCUGCAGAUACAGGAUCACUUCUGUGUGUAACUUCUUUACAUACAUCCGGUACAUCCAGCAGGGCCUUGUGAGACAGCAGGACGUUGAUCAGAUGUUUUGGGAAGUGAUGCAACUGAGAAAGGAGAUGUCGUUGGCAAAGCUGGGAUAUUUCAAAGAGGAACUCUGACACCCUGCUUGGGGCCAUGCGUGCUCCUCCUUGGACAACUGAAGAAUGGCUGAACAUUUUUAUGGCUAAUAUUUAUUCCUGAGGAGAAGGCCCAAGACUCCUGGCCUUUUUCAGAUUACACUAGGAAGUGCUGUGAUUUCUUUUAAAGAGACUGGGCUGUUCUCGCUUGUCCCUUAAUGGAACACACCACGAGGAGUUGCAGUGUGCUGGUGAUGGCCAUUCAGCACUGCAAAGCAAAUCACCAAAUAAAUACCAGACCGAG